AUGAAGUCCAAACUUCUAUUAAAGAUCCGGAACACGCUAAUCAUCCCCUUCACCCGCGACAAGAGUAUUGAUGGCUGUGCUAUUGCGCGGCAGAGCCGUCGACGGGUGCACGAAACGUUCGGUUUGACUGACGAUGAAUGGACGGCCCUUCGAGACUACCUGACAAACUAUGAGGCGAUGGGGGUCGCAGUGCAGCGUGGGGAAUGGUUGACGAAGGAAUGUUCGCGGUUGGAAAGGACACUUGGGGAUAGCACAAAGGCCAUGGCUGAAAUAUCCCGUGAAUAUCGCGAAAUUAGCAAUGAAAAGGCUACCGCUAUUGGGCGUGAAAUGCGCCACAGCAGAGGAAUACUGGGCUGGCAUUUAUCUCCGGAGCUGUCUUUACGAUGCGUCGAGGCGGGGGGAUGUUGUGGCCGCAGUUGUCAAUGCUGCCGCAAGUAUCAAACUACGAGCUCUCUUGAAUGGGCAGGCCAUUGUACCCCUGCCUGUGGUUGCUGUAUGGAGCAUCACGGUACUGACAAGCUUAUCGGGCCACUGCAGGAUCCUAUCGAGCUUGGCUAUAACAUUCGCCCAUCUAAGGAGGACAUAUUCAGCCGGAAGAUGAUGGAUGCCCUUAUUUGGAAGCCUUGUGCUUCACAAAUAGUUGUUUUUUGA